AUGGAUCACAAGAAAACUCACCACGAGUCGAGAGACGAUACCGAGAGAGUAGAGCCGAGUGAAUUACUCGAAGAUUGCUGGUUUUUCGGCAACUCGCUUCAUCGUAAAUCAAGAAUGAUCAGAAGCCUUUCCGAGCCUUGCACCUCCUCAGACUUCGCCGGAGAGGAGAACUCGCCCGGGAAAUCGUACGAGGAGACCUACCGAUCGAUCGAGAAAUUAUCCAUCAGCGAACGCAAAAUCGAUCGGCCGAGUUUGAUCAAAGCACCUUCAGUCCCAUCUACCUUGGAAAGACAGGAUCAGAAAAGUGAUCCUCAGAGGAGCAAAAGAUCAAACAAAAAUAAAAAAUCGUCGAGGGGUGGUCUGAACCGGGCCCCGUCCCUACCGAUUAGCCUCGAGCCCGAGGAGUAUCAAGAUGAGGAGACUGAGUUCUCAAUGGGUAAAUUGAUCAGGCAAGCUUCUAUGAAGAACUCGGACACUUUGCCUCCCAGGACACAUUCUACUAAUAAGAGUUCAACACCAAGUCCGAGCAUAACAAGGCAGAGAUCAAGAAGAAUACCUGAGGUAGAGAGCAGUAAAAUUGAGGGCUCGGAGGAGACAAUCAGGCCCCAACGUCCCAUUAAUCAGCUGAAAUCACAUAAAAGCUUAAUCGAUCUGGAGUCCAAGGAAUUGCAGGGGUUUAAGGAAUUGGGUUUCGAUUUCGACGAGAAAAGGGAUAUUACCCAAGAGGAUGAAGGGAAGAGCACUGGGGCUCGUAGAUCGUAUCUAUCGGAGUCUUGGGGCGCACAGAGCUAUUCUGCGCCGCCGGUGCCGAGGUGGGGCGGGAAGCGGGCGGCGGAGGAUGUGAAGGCGCAGAUUAAGUUCUGGGCUAGGGCGGUGGCGUCUAACGUGCGCCAGGAGUGCUGA